CGCCCACUUCUCGUGUUUCAUUUCCGUGUCUUGAGUAACUGCUGUAUGCCCGUGUUUCAGGAGCAGAGUGAUUUUAGUCAGCUGGACCUGGGGACUACAGACCUAUGGCUCUAGAGAAUCUGAAGUGACAGCCCAAAACCAUUCUCCCUGGAGGGGAGGAAGAUGGGCGACGAGCCGGAUGAAAGAGCCAGGUCCCCCAGCUGUCUCUCCUUGAAAAGUGACAGGUCAUUGAUUGAACCGGUCAAUUUUAAAUGUCAGGAGUCUGUCCCACUACAAGACUGCACUGGGAUGAAUACCACAGAAGACGGAAAAGCAGAGUCUUUAAAGAGCCAUGAUUCUAUGGAUAUUCCUCCAAGUGUUCAGCAAGACCAUGGCAGAGAGGAAGAAUUGAAAAACCGGAACUUGAGUCCAGAUGAAUUACAGUCGAAUGUUAGAGGGGCAAAGGGAAACCCGAAAGCGCUUGAUGGACUACCACAACAUAUGGAGGAUUGGACUAAGGAGCAUGUGAAAGAGUGGCUGACUUUUCAUAAGGUCCAACAGAAGAUUGUGAGUUGUCUCUAUGAACAUGAGUUGUCCGGGUCUUGUUUGGUCUGCUAUGAAAAACAAGACCUAUUCGAUUUAGGUGUCUCACUAGCACCGGCCAUUCAAAUCCUACGUCUUGUAGAGUUGUUUAGGAGCCAGACAGACAAGAUCCAUGUCCAUGGACCAGAGCAUCACAGUCCAGUGACGCAGAAAGCGAGAAAUUGGAAAUCAGCAGCUCUGGAUUCAAAUGAAGAUGUUGAAACUGUGUUUUCAGAGAGUGGAUUCUCAAGCCAAUCUCCAUCAAUGCGGCUAGUGGAGGAACAUAUUGAGCUAGGUCAAUCCAGAGGACCUGGGAAGACGAUGGAUAACAAGACAUGUUUCCAAGAUAUGAUUGGGAAUUCAUCCAAAAACUCUGCAACUGGUUCCAACUUGGUGACUAGAAUAUGUCCAACACGGCCCUUUGACACCAUAGACCAAUCCUUCUUUUACAAAGAGAAUGACGAACUUCCUCCUGAAAUGGGUCCGGGCAAUCUACUGGACCCUGUGCAUGAGUACCACAUGCUACCCAGUGUAGAAGAGCUCUCUGAAAAAGAGAUGGUUCAUGAAUUCAUACAAGGAGUGUUCAUUUUUGCUGCAGGCUGCAUGAAUUCUCGUACCAAUGGCACUAUUCAUUUUGGAGUGAAAAAACAGCCUGGAGAAGCAUGUGGACAAGUUAUUGGGCAACAAAUAAUUUCAGACAGUAAAUUGAUGGAGAAAUUUGAAUUGAGUCUAAAUGAGUACUUCGAGGAGGAACACUUUAAUGUUGCAAGAACAUGCAUAAGGCCACCUCAGUUCUCUCGGAUUCUGGGUCUUGAUGGAACAAGCUCAAAUAAGUGGGUAAUUGAGGUUGAUGUCAUUCCAUCAUAUUCUAUUACACAAGAAAAUGUUUUCUACACUUCCCUGAAAACAGCAUCAGCAGGAGAGGAAACACAUCAAUGCAAAACACAAUGUCUGUUUGUUCGUGAGGGCCCAAUAGCCUUCAAUAUUUUGGCAGAUCCUAAUCCCAGAGUUACACAAGAGAAAAUAAAAAGCAUAACUGACAAAGUCAAAGUGUGGGCCCUAGCACGCAAAUCAGCAGAAGAGAGGAAUAAAAGACCACCCUCACAAGGCCAUCAGGGGCAAAAGCUUAAACGACUGAUAAUGUGCGGAAGAGAUACAUUCGACGACUUCCAGCUCAUUGUUGUUACCGACAAAUGUCCCUCAAACCAGCUAGAGAACCUCAGCUUUCUGAAAGAAAUGGAUCCCUUUGCAGUGCUGGAAUUUGACCCAGAGUCAGACAUAAAUGGCACGUGUCGUUUUUACCGCAAGGAUUGCAUUGCUAACCUUCACUACCCAUCCAUGUACACUACUGGGGAAAGUAUUUCAGCUGUCAUUGGAAAGCUCAACCUCUUUCAGCAAACAAGCUGGGUGUUCUGCAAUGGAAGGAUAAAUGAGGAAAGUAUGGCUAAUAAACCAUUAGAACCCAGAGAUUGGCUUAAGAAACGUUGCGGGGAAAUCAACAACAUGAUUUCAUUCCUCUGUAAUCCAGAUCUGUUUUCUAAAGAUGGAUUACUGGUUUUCUUCAUUCUACACUCAGCAGUAACUGACAUCUCAAGCCCGAUUAUGGAGGCAUUUUGUGCAAUCUAUCGCACAUUGGAAGGCAGCGAUCAUAUGCUGUGCCUAUGCAAAGACUUUGAUGUCUUCAAGCAAUGGAGGCAACUUAUUGAGACACGUUGCAAAGUGGAUAUCACUAAUAAAUGCAUACAUGAACUGAGCCUGAAUGAAGUUAACUGUACCAUCCACAAGCUGAAAGGACCUCAUACCCUGUCUUCUGAGAGAUACCUGCCAUCCACUGGUUCUAGCUCAGUCAUCUUGAGCAGAAAAGAUGAGGAGAUGAUGACAGUGUUGGAUAUCCUGAGUGAAAAUGAAUGUGAGAACACAGAAAUUGAGACAGCUGAGUCAUUUUGCGAGUUUAAAAGGAAAACUGAAGAGAAGUUUUACAGAGGGGGACGAGUCACAUGGUGGGACUUUUACCUCUCAGAGGCCAGGAUGCCUGCCAUUCAUCAAACGAGACAAAUACAAGGAUCUUUAUGAACUGAUCACUUUCCAAGAGAGCUCGACAUCCCCAUGUGUUAUGGUUAAUCUCUUUCAUCACCCAGGCUGUGGGGGAACAACUCUUGCAAUGCAUGUUCUCUGGAAUUUGAGGAAUAAAUUCCGAUGUGCUGUUGUGAAUAACAGUAUGG